AGCGAGUAGUUCUUCCGUCGGUCCUUGAAGCCAUCUUGGGGCGAACGCCAAGACGUAAACAAAUAUUUUAUCAAAAUGCGCAUCGAAAGGUGUUAUUUCUGCUCCAGUAAAGUCUAUCCCGGACACGGGAUGAUGUUUGUCAGGAAUGACUGUAAGGUCUUCAGAUUUUGUCGUUCGAAAUGCCGCAGGCUGUUCAACAGAAAGAAAAAUCCAAGAAAAACUCGCUGGACAAAGUCAUUCCGCAAAGCAGCAGGGAAGGAGUUGGCAGUUGAUCCUUCAUUUGAGUUUGAAAAGAGGCGCCAUGUUCCCAUGAAGUACAACAGAGAAUUGUGGGCAAAGACAAUUGAGGCCAUGAAGAAAAUCACAGAAAUCCGUGAAAGAAGGGAGCACAAGUUUGUGAUGGAUCGACUUGUGAAAGACUUUGAAAAUCAACGUGCCACCAACAGAAACCUUGUCAGAGAUCACCUGAAUCUUAUUCGAUCUCCUGCUGCUGGACUGAGAAGAGGGAAUGUCGUUAUCAAUGAAGAGGACCUCGAGGAGGAUGUCAUGCAGAGGAUCAUUUCCGAGGUGUCAAAGAAGACCAAAUCGAAGAAGAAGCGUGAAGAAGAGAAAUCCUUGGUUGAGGAAGAAGAUAUGUCUGAAGAAGAAAAAAUUGAGGAAGAUGACGACGACAAUGACAAAGAUGAUGAUUCUGACAAUGAGAGUGAGGAUGAGGAUGAUGAUGAUGACGACGAUGACGACAAUGAUGAUGACAAGGAAGAUGAUGGCGACAUGGAUAGUGACGUUGAGAUGGAUUCAGAUGAUGAGAAGAAGGAUGAGUAGGUGACAUGCUAUGUGAUGUUUAUAUAUUUUACAAAUCUUGAAAAUGUAUAAUAAAAAGUUCAAAGCUA